UGUUAUAACUUGAAACUUCUAAGUUCUAAUAAAUAUUGAAUCUCGUAUAUUAAAAUAUUAGAAGUUGUGUGUUAUUUUGCAGCGAAAAAAUAUUAUUUAUACAAAAAAUAUAGGGUUUUCUAUAGCCCUUUAUUAUUUCUUGCUUAAACUGUGUUAAACUAUUUGAGUUACAAAUCUGGAUGAAGAUAAUAUUAUAAUGAUUGCGGCCUCCGAACCGUUGGAGUUUGUGCCACAUGGGAGAACUGUUCUUGCAAAACAUCCUGGUCAAAUUUAUGGCAAAAAUCACAAUGUUUCAGCAUCUGAAAACUCCCUGUUAUAUAAAUUAACCAACUUUGGUAUAAAAGAUGACAGUAUUUUGGAUGUUAAGGAAGAGGAACAGGAAUGGUGGAUGAUCAGACAAGUUUAUUAUAAGACACAAGAUAUCACGGAGCCAGAACCAGAUGCUCCCAAAGAGUCAAAAUAUGAGUUUGAAUCAUUUAGACCUCCGAGCCGCUUGAAACCAGACUUCAAUAUUUCAAUAAAAUCUGAGCUAAUGAGUGGAGUGAAGAAAGAAGAUGCUGGAUUUGGUGGCACGUCUCGUGGUGGAAGCGCAAACAGCUCGAGUAACAUGUCUAAAAAGUUUAACUUAAACUCAUCACAGAACCAACAGCAGAAUAAGAAGCCUUUGAAUCCUAAAACAGACUGCUUCUAUGAAGAGGAAUUGUAUGUGAAGGGCUGUACUGCAGUAUGGUCUAAAGGAUUAGUAUCAACACCAGCAACAAAAACAUCGGCCCCUGAGCAACGUGAAACUAUUGCAUGUUACACGAUUGAGAAUCCUAUAAAACAUGCUGUUUUUGCUGAUUUCCAUAUCGACAUUAACAAUACCAUGCUCAUUGAUGCUCUGAACACGCAAAUUGGUGACACGAAAAAAAAUAUAAAAAUAGAUGAUAACACUGAGCACAUACCGGGAAAAAUAAUGCCAUCUCUUGUAUUAGUUGAUAGUAAAUGUAUGCGUGUUUACGCUUUGGAUGGCAGAGAGUACAUCACCAGCAUCCCAUUUCAAGUGAAAAAAGUUUGGCCGAUGAAAUAUGGUGUGCUUCUAGAAAAAGAUACCUUUACUCCUUCGAACAUCUCUCUUUUGAAGUUUAAUGAAUCUCACAAUAGCACAUUUUCGAAAUCGAAAACAUUCCCUUUCAACAUGAGUGCGAGAUUACGAGCUGAAUCUAUCUCAGGGUAUGAUCAAGACUGUCCGCUACCAACAUGCUUCUCGGUAGCUCACCCUUUAGAUGAAGUCACACCUGUAUUAAUGAAAUCGCCAUCACAGGGCCUGCAGUAUUACAACGAUACAGAUCUUCAAAUUAUAUUUGUGAGCACAUCUCCAAGUAUCAUACUGUUGUAUGAUUGGAAGCUCGGAACACACUCCCUGUGGAACAUCCGUAAGUCGACACGAGAUGAGUGUCUAAAUAUGUGUCAAAAUAUAAACUCCACAACAACUGUGUUCAGUCAGUCUUGUGAUUUCGUUGGCAGUCCAAUGCAUAAUGUUACGAAGAAUCUGAAUAGUUGGACGGGCAGCCCAUUCCAUUCGAAGAAAAGUCCAGCUACACCAACAAGAUCCAAACAGAAUUCUCCCAUGGCAAAUAUUUUUCACCAACAAGGGUUGUCACCCCAUACAUCAAUAGGUCAAGCCAGUUCCACGUCAGUAAUGCCAAAUACAAUGGCCCAGGUGCCACCAUGCCUUCCUCUGUAUCCUGAUGUCUGCAUCGACCAUAUCUUCACCGACAGUCAGGUGAUAAGAAGAGAUCGUGUUAAGAAUCCGAGUGACAUAAAAUCAUUUCUUCAUACUGAUCUCAUUGGACAUGAAUACUUGUGUUAUAUGGUCAAAGUGGAUGGAGUUAGUAAACUGCAAAUAAUGAGAUUGAAAAAGUCACACUCAAACAUACAGACAAAUAGAAGUAACAUUAUAGUGGGUUGGGUGUCAUGUGUGCUUGCUAAGGAUGCUGUGGUGCUGGACCAUCUGAAGAUGAUUGCAUUGAUUGAUGAGGCUGGUAAUAUUGUGCUACGAUCUGGCAAUAAUUUCGUUGGAAAGGUUCACGUCGGCGGUGUAUUGGCUCGUCUAAUUAACUCGUCGUACUCAAAGAGGAAUACCUUUCAAUCACCGUUCCCUCGGCGAAGCAGCCUGCUACCCACGCGUUGCGAGCCCAACACAUUUGACGAUUCAGCGCUGCAUCUGCUGUCACCUGUGCCACAUUCCUCAGCAACCAGGAUAGAGCACAAAGAAACCCUAGGUAUAUCCGGCCUACGUGACGCUUGUGGCGAGAGAGUCAGCGUGGUGUUCGAGUCGGGACAAACGUACCGCAUCGCACUGCCGGCCGCGCCGCACGACGCCGCGCCGCUUCUGCGUGCGGCACGCCGCGCGCUUGCAGCCACAUUGCCUCACGACCUGGCCGCACAAGUUAUAAUAAAAUGGUACGGAGUACGAAAUGCUCCUGGCACCCAGGAUUUCACACCGGAAGACGAAUGGGAAUUGUUUUCCAAUUUACUGCUCUCCUUAAUAGGCUAUGAUGUUGACAGACUGAGCCCAAGCAAAACUGAUGAAGAGCACUCGGAAGUUGUCACAAAAAAACAGAGGACAUCAAACGAUGGCUCUCAGGAUGACUGGGAGUAUCUACUCAACUCCAAAAUGCACAAAGCUAUUGGUCAUUCGCUGUCCCAUGUCCUCAAUUUGCCUGCUGUAGCAACAGACAAUCAGCGUGCGAAGACUAAGAACAGAAACACAGAAAAAUCACUCCAAAUUAACACAAACGCAUUGCUAUUUCCGUAUAUGAUCCAUAUAUUCUACGCUUUCCAUUUGGUGUAUGAAGAUUUUAAGCUGAAUACACUCUUAGAUGCAGAUAUGAAGCUCCUGAUCAAGUUUCUACAUCAAAUAGCCAGGGACUUAGGUUUAGAUAAGUAUUUGAAUCACUACUGGAUGGAUUUUCCGACGGAAAUCAACCUUGAUGAUAAUGAUGCUGAGCACGUAUCGGAGGUGGUGAUGAAAAGUCUAGUGCAGCCGAAUUACUUCAGCGCGGAGCCUCCAAAUAUUUUCAGCUAUUUGUAUGGGAUUCUCCGGGAGGCUGAUGUCGGCUAUUACCCCUAUAUGUCACAAGUUAAUGACUUGACGAAAGAUAUGAUUGAGAUACUCACAAUAGCCGGCUACGGACUGAACGCUGGCGUGCAGAGUGUGAGCGGGAAGGAAACACUAGCGGCCAGCACCCCGCGCGGUCAUUCGUCUCAGUCUAAUGUACCGCCUGCACAACAGGCCGUCCUCUUCGCACACCAGCGAGGGUUGACUCCCCGUGAGAUGGACAAGUUGCCGCCCGCGCUAGGGCUGCUGCUCUUCACGAUCUUCAGUCGCUGCAAGUUGGAGCCUCCGCUGGCCUGGCCGAGCGACGCGUACCGCCUCAUCAUGAGGGAAGACCUUGCCCUGCAGGCGGAGAUGCUGGAGAAGAUCAAGUCCAACGACGAGUACACGGAGACUCAAUCUUUGGCGCUAGAGGUGUUGACAAAGGAAACAGUGUACAGUCAGGUGAAGAGCACUGUGGAGCAUGUACGUACGUGUAAGAUGGAUGAUAAUGAGAUGACCACUGGCAUGGAACAUCUGCAGACCAAGCUGUUGAGUCUGCUCUAUCCGAAUGAUCACAGGAUGACCGAGGUUUUCAAUCUGCUGCAGUCAGCGAUCCCGGUCACUAUCAACCUGACACAGAGACCAGAAGUCUCCGACCACGACUUCAUCGAGGAGCAGGAGAAGCAUCUUUUUGCCAUCAGCAUUAGGACGAUGGCUUUGCCGAGGCAUGCUCACGUUGCGCAGUCUGCCGUGCGCGCCUACUGAGCCGUUGUACUUAGCGGCACUGUGCGUGACGGGGCGCGGCCCUCCUCCCCGCUGCUCGACCGUGUCGCUGAGUGCGGUGGACUCCUCCCCGCACGCGCUGCUGUGGCCCUCCUUCCACAACGGCGUGGCAGCC